CACUUCACUGCACUGUAAAAUUAUAUUGGCGAAAUUUAAAUUAGCCGUUAAAUGCGGCUAACAAAUAGCCUUCUAUUUUUGUUUUUGUAAUAAAACAAAUUGUUGCAUACUGGUCAUGUAUGAUGUAGGCCUAGGCUAUGCAUUGGUAACACAAUACAAUUUAACUGUAACUUUUUUGCAAAAGUGAGGAUCGCUGAAAGUCAUCUCAAAUUCAAUCAAUAGGUCACUUAUUGCGCGCCCUAUCAGUGUGACGCACGUGCAAUGUUUGUGAUGCCACUCUUAGUCGACAAACGGCACCUUAUGAUGCAGUUAAAUUGAAUGUAGUGGGUUCUAUAUCUGUAACAACAUUGCGUGAAGAGGACAUGGAAGUUGGCCUUGUUCCAUGAAGAUUGGUGCGCCAAAAUGCACAUCUUUCGGACGACCAUUCCUUUCCGAAGGUUUUACACCGAGGAAUCGGAGCUACGGAUAAUCAAGCCGCCUCCUGACGGAGGUUGGGGUUGGGUCAUAGUCUUCUCCUCCUUUUUGUACAAUGUUCUGGUACUAGGCUUUCACAAUUCAUUUGGCGUCUACCUUAUCAGUCUUCUGAAUGAAUUUGAGGACACAAGUUCGAAAACAGCCUUGGUUGGCUCCAUCAGCUAUGGUUUCAUCAUGAUCUGUGGGCCUCUGUCAGGGAAGCUGACAGUCAAGUAUGGAGCCAGAGAGAUAUCUAUCAUAGGCUCCCUCAUCAUCAUGCUCUCUAUUGUCUGCUCCUCCUUCGCACCGUCAUUAGGAGUCCUGUUCUUCACCCAUGGCUUUCUAACCGGAGUAGGUUCCAGUUUUGCUUUCACCCCAGGUAUGAUCAUGGUGAGCCAGUACUUCACCACCCAGCGCUCCCUGGCCACUGGGAUCGUGAUGUCAGGGGGGGCUGCGGGGGCUCUGGUCCAGACCCGGCUCCACCAGUACCUCAUAGACACCCUGGGCUGGAGGCAGAGUCUCCGGGUGUUUUCUGGUGCCAUGUUACUGUGUGUCAUCACCGGCUUUACCUACCUGCCACUCAAUAAAGGUCACACCAGGAGUGUGGUGGACAAUCUGAAGAACUCUCCCCUGAAUAAGUUUGUUGUGGACUUGGGACUGUGGAAAGACUCUGUGUUCCUCAUCUGGGUCCUGGCCAACGGACUGUGUAAAUUUGGGUUCUUUAUUCCUUAUGUCCACUUGGUGAAGCAUGCAGUACAGCUGGGUAUCCCUGUCCACAGCGCCACCAACAUUAUGUUGUGUCUGGGCUUGACCAGCAUGGUCAGUCGGAUCAUCUUCGGCAAGAUCUGUGACUCAGAGAAAAUCAACAGACUCUACUUCAACCAGGCAUCAGUCUUCUUUGUUGGUUUGCUGUACCUGUUGAUCCCUGCUCUCCACAACUACGGCUCUCUGGUGGUGUUCGCUCUGCUGCUCGGGGUGGCCGACGCAGGGAACUACAUCCUGCUCCCCGUCCUGACCUUCGACCUGAUGGGUGCUGAGCGCAUGCCCGUGGCAUGGGGGUUCAUGCUCACUGUCAAUGCUGUCAGCUGCCUGGGGCCGCCCUUUGCCGGCUGGAUGGAUGACAUCACGGGCAGCUACAACCUGGGCUUCGUGGUUGCCGGUUCAUUGAACGUGGCGGCGUCCAUCGUUCUAGCCUUUAUCCCUCUAGCCAAGCACUCCAUUAGGCAGACAGAGAGGAGCAUCAUCAACGUCACCAUCGACCACUCCACGCAGGAGAUCACGCGGUGGGAUGAAAACCUGCCCCCCAUUGAGGAAGUGCCUGUUGUGUCCAAGUACGUGAGUUACACCAGGACUAUGUUCCGUAGCCCAGACCUCUUUGAGUCCCAGCCUGAGGCGUACAGAGGAGAAGAGGUGGUGGGGGAGGCCACAGGGAAGGCUGCAGUGCCCUCUCCUGAGGAGACGAGGCUGUAGAAAGGGCUGCAGUAAGAGAAGCUGGCCUCAUCUACAAACACCACUCAGCCUCUGCCUCUUUCUCUCUUGGUCUAGAACACGUCUUCACACAAGCAUUGCAAAUAUAUUACAUAUUGCUACAGAAUAUGACUUAUUGACUUUGUGAAGCUAUAAGAAUAUGUCAAAUUGUAUUGUAAAAAAAGCAUGCCAGCCUGCAGCAUGGCUAAUGGCCCAGGUGGUGUUUUACCAGAUGUCCACUAGAUGGCAGUCCUAAAUCAAACAUUGUUGCAUACAGGUCCGGAGUGUCUUUACUCCCUCCUCAAUGCAAAAACCCAACAGAGCUUAUCAAGGUGUUACUUUUCAGACACAAAAUAUUUUUAUUUGCAGCACUUAUUUGACUGUAAUACAUUAUUCAACAGUUAGUUUGUUAGCCAUUUAUGGUAAGAAAGCCGUCAACCAGCUAAAUAUAUUGUGUCUUCAAGCCAUUCAUCACAAUACCAGGUCCAAGUCAUUAGAUAAACAAUACCAAGCCAUUAGAACUUCACAAUACACUGACAUCAGAGAGCAAACAGUCCAACUAAUGUCAAGUGACAUCCACUUGGUCAGAGCAGGCAGGCCCACCUAUUUCAGAUAACAGAGCAAACUACUGUAUAUAACUCCCAUAACUUAACAAAAAUCCCAAUGGAUGUGCUAUUGCAAAAGCAAAAAGUUGAACAAAAAAUGCAGAAGAUUGAAGAGUUGUAGUGGCCUUAUUCAAUACUACAAGUGCGUGGUUUGAGAAGGAUUUGGCAUAAUGGUGCAUAAGCUGUGUUUGAGCUAUGUUGUGCUAGAGAAAUUCUGCUUGCUACUGUGAAUAAUGGAUGCCGUAAGUGCAUCACGCCAAGGCAGCAAACUCUUAUCUCGGAAAACAGCUUAAUCUACCAAAUUCUUCAAACUUGGUUUUGCAGUUCAAAUUAUUCAACAGUGUUUUUUAUUAAUGGUACCGUAAUUAUUACGCUAAAUCUGGGCUCUGUGGCUUCUAAUAAAUGAAUUUGACAGAAGAGAUAUUAACAUGACUUUAACCAUAAAAGUGACUUUAAAAUAAAAUUUGCAGCAAAUGAGAUGCCCUGAAGUCACAAAAGUUGUUCCGAAAGCUGAAGCUUUUGCUAUAAGAUGAACAAGUUAUGGUGAGUGUUUUAUCACUUUCUUUCCACAUACCAUAUGUUAAGGAUUGAUAACUAUAACAUAUGUCUUUGGCAAACAUGACAAAGGGAUCCAAUCCCUCAGAGAAAGUACUCCACCUCUUACAAAUCCCUUUAAUAAACUCUGUAAACAUAGGCACCAAACAGCCAAUCAAUCAAGCCCAUAUAACCGAUUGUAUUAAAUAUAUAUUUGUCCUUUCACACUUAUUGGUAAAUGUUGUCAUUGGUUUUGAUAAAGUAGGUAUUCUGUAGUUUUAUUCACAUGUGAAUUGUGCUCGUAGACAGUUUCUAAAGACCUGUAUUGUAUGGAUCUAGGUUAUUUGCAUCUUGUAACUGAAUGGCGUAGGUUUACAUUGCUCUCUUAAAUGCAGUCAGAAUAUCAGGUUUUUCAGAACAUCCUUAUAGACCAUAAUGUUGUAUGUUGUGGCAGGCAUUGUGCUAAUAAAUGAUGUCACUGAAGUGCUUGUUUGCAUAGGGCAUAUAUGGA